AAAAUGAGACCUUGUUUAAAGUUUUCGAAUAAAGAAUAAUUGCUGCCAUCUGUGAGUGUGGUACUCACGACUGGCUUGUCAGUAAUGGUACUUAAGCACAAAGUAUGGAGAGGAAUAUUGGAGACCGGCUCAACAAGGCCUAUGAAGCUUACCGACAAGCCUCUAUUGAAAAGGACAGUGCUGAAAAGGAACUCCAGCAAAAGACAGAAUAUUACCAAAGGUAUACCCAGCAACUUGAGCAACAGAUAGAAGACCAACAGCAACUUAUUUCAAAACUUAAAGCUCAGCUGAGUUCAGCAGCAAAGGUAGCCUCAGGGGAGCUUAACUGUCGGGACCCUUUUCUUCAGAAACAGGAAGUAGAAAACUUUCCGGCCAAUAAAUGUCACCCAGAUGACACCUCAUACACGCACCAGUUAUUCCUGAGAAGUGAGAGUAUGGGUUCUGCAGAAAUUCCAGCAUGCACAUUACCAGGAACAAGUACUGAGAAUAAUGAUAUUCUUGGCAUGUUUUGGGACCUUCAGGGGAAAUUCCACUUGAUCCAGGCACUAACGAGAAAACAGACAGAUCACCUGAGAAAAUCAUGUAGAGGAAACGGUGCCGCAAGUGAGCAGAACUUCUCCAUGCCCAUCCAGUGCACGGACGUGACGGCCCAGCAGGCCGAGGGGCCCUUCUCCUCCGUGGUGAGGGCGGCGCUGGAGGCCGAGCGGCCCUCCUCACCCCUGACCCCUCGGGGGACUGGCUCCGCGGAGGACGACAACGGCUCCGCUAACUCCCUCACCCACUUGAGCGUCCGGCUCCCGCCCGGCCCUGACAGCACGUAUGAGUUCCUGAACAGCACCGCAGAGAAAGGGGUCGACGCAGCGAAGCGCGGGGAAGAGAGGGUCACGCCCGCCCCCGUGCCCGCUGGGACGGAGGAGCGGUCUCUGGAGCUGGGGGGCCCCUUACUACACCCCCUCUCUGUGCUGCACCCUGCCUCACCCGUCUGUGAGGCUGUUCGUGGGCCCCAGCAGCCCCUGUGGAACCCUGUGCUCUGUGAGGCUGCAGCACAGGCAGGAAGCCCUGACCCCCAGCAGAGCCCACACCCAGGAAGCUGCGCCUUCUGCAACGCCCUCGUUCCCCUGGAUCACAUCUACGGACACCUUAAUUCACACUGUCAGGGUCAGACCAGGAGUGGACGCUAG